UUGGACUUCCCUGUCAGUGGAUGGUUUAAGACACGGGUUUUACUCAUCCCAGUCAGUAUCUGGGCGGCUGUGAGUGGCUUUGGGACGCGAAAGUCUUUUCCCAACUGGAAUAUACAACAACUGAAAGCAAACGCUAAAUAAAACAGAAAGAAUCAUGGAAGCCAAUGGAAAUGCUGGCAAAUUCGGUCUGGAUGGAGACCCAGACCUGCAGUUUUUGCUGAAUGGUGGAGACCUACUAAAGGUGAAGUCCAAGUCAUGGAGAAAGACCCGCUGCUUUCGGCUGAAUGAAGACUGCAAGACAGUGUGGCAACAGACCAACAAGAAGUUCAAGAGUGACUCCAGCUUCAGUCUCGAGGACGUUGAUUCGGUGAGGUAUGGCCGUCAGACUGAAGGGCUGCAGAAGUACACUGACUCCUCAGUGGACGACCGCUGCUUCUCCAUCAUCUUCAAAGGCCGACGGAAGAAUCUAGACUUGAUUGCCUCAUCUAAAGAGGAGGCCAAGAGAUGGGUCAGCGGUCUGGAGAAGAUCAUGACUGGCAUGCACAGCCUCAACCGACAGCAGAACAGUGAACACUGGUUCUAUAGCUGCAUGCGCAAGGCAGACAAGAAUGCAGACAACAAAAUGUCCUUGAAGGAGCUGAAGCAUUUCCUACGUCAGAUCAAUAUCGAGGUGGACGACAGUUACGCUGAGAUGCUUUUCAAGAAAUGUGACACAUCAAACUCAGGCACUCUGGAGGGAUCUGAGAUUAAAUACUUCUACGAUUUACUGACUUACCGGGAGGAAAUUGAUGUGAUCUAUGGGAAGUACGCUAAUACUAAUGGACAGAUGAGCUCCGGCGACCUGUUGAACUUUCUCCAAAAUGAGCAGAGGGAGUCUGUGUCUUUGGAGUAUGCAAAGAAGCUCAUUGAGAAAUAUGAGGUGGAUGAGACAGCCAAACAGAACAUGUACAUGAGCAAAGAUGGUUUCCUGAUUUACCUGAACCAUGAAGAAGGCUCCAUCUUUAACCCCGCCCACAAACCUAUAUACCAAGACAUGCAUCAGCCGCUCAAUCAUUACUUCAUUUCCUCUUCCCACAACACCUAUCUGAUGGAGGACCAGCUGAAGGGGCCUAGCAGCACAGAAGCUUAUAUCAAAGCUCUGAUGAAGAGCUGUCGCUGUGUGGAGCUGGAUUGCUGGGAUGGUACAAACGGAGAGCCGGUCAUUUACCACGGCCAUACACUCACAUCCAAAGUGCUCUUCAAAGAUGUCAUCAAGGCCAUCAAAGAAUAUGCUUUCAAAACCUCACAGUAUCCAGUGAUCCUUUCUUUGGAGAACCAUUGCUCCACAGAGCAGCAGAAGAUCAUGGCCAAUUAUUUAACCUCCAUCCUGGGCAGUGCUUUGCUCACUCAACCCCUGGGACAUCAAAUGCCCAGCACUUUUCCAGGACCCGAGGAGCUGAAAGGACGUUUCCUGAUCAAGGGCAAGCGUUUGAACAAACUGGAUGCGGCAUUCAACAACAACGCCACAGAGGACGUGGACAGUGUGUCGGAGGAAGACGAGGCUGCUGAACUCAAAGAGGGUGAACAGAAACCAAAAGAAAAGAGUUCCAAAAAGAUCAAGCUGGCUAAGGAGCUGUCAGACCUGGUCAUCUACUGCAAGAGUGUCCAUUUCAGCAACUUCGAGCAUUCAAGAGAUAACCAGGCUUUCUAUGAAAUGGCCUCCUUCAAAGAAAGCAAAGCAAUGAACCUGGCAGAAAACUCAGCUACGGCAUUUAUUCAUCACAACAUGGAUAAGCUGAGCAGGAUCUACCCAGGCGGCUCCAGAACCGAUUCUUCCAACUACAAUCCAGUGCCACUGUGGAACGCCGGCUGCCAAAUAGUGGCUCUAAACUUCCAGACUCCUGGUAAGGAGAUGGAUCUGAAUCAGGCCCGCUUUCUACCUAAUGGCAAGUGUGGCUAUAUACUGAAGCCAGAGUUUCAGAGGGACCCUGCCUCACAGUUUGACCCCAGGAACCUCAGAGUAGGCCCCUGGCUGAAGAGAAAGAUCUUGCAUGUCAUGAUCAUAUCAGCCCAGCAGCUGCCCAAGAUCAAUAAAGACAAGGAGAAGUCCAUCGUGGACCCUCAGGUCAGGGUGGAGAUCUACGGUGUGCCCGACGACAACGCCAGCAAACAGACACACCACAUUGACAACAAUGGUUUCAAUCCUCAGUGGAACACAAAGUUCCAGUUUACUAUUCACGUGCCAGAACUGGCUUUGGUGCGGUUUGUGUUGGAGGACUACGACGCUGCUUCCCAUAAUGACCUGAUUGGCCUGUACACUCUGCCCUUCACCAGCAUCCAGAAUGGAUAUCGCCAUGUGCCUCUGCUCACGAAGACAGGAAAUCUCAUUCCUUCAGCGGGACUGUUUGUACACAUCAUGGCUCUCGAUGGCUAAUAAACUCCAACAUUCCCCUCAGUCUCCACAGUGUCAGAGUUUGCAGAUCACUGAACAAGACAAUCAGCUAAACUGUCCUGUGCAAACACUUUUAGGAUAAGAUUGGGACCUUUCCUUCUUACCUUAUGAGUUCAGACAUGUACUUUAAAAAGCUUCAUGGAAUUAGUGCAUGCAGUUCAUUUUUGAAAAACAAGUGGGGUAAAAAAAAAAAAA